AUGUUAGUACAAUGUUCUGAAGAAGAUGCAGAAGCUACAGAAAUGUUAAUUGGAAAUUCUCAAAAUUUGAUGCAUAGUGUUAAAGAAACUGUACGUGCUGCUGAAGCGGCAUCAAUUAAAAUUCGAACAGAUAGUGGUAUUAAAUUAAAAUGGAAUAUGUUAGUAUCGUUUGUGAACAGUUUAGUUAGAUCUGGAAAAUUUUGUGCACAAUCUGAUUUCAUUUCAAUGGAUGAUAUUUCAACAGGAGCAUUAUCGAACAAACAAUUUCAAUCUGCCUUUCACGAUCAACAGUUAACAAUAGAAAAUUUAUUUGAUUUUCAUACAUAUUUUAAACAUUUGUUACCAACUAACAAACUCGGUCAAACAUUAUUGAUUGCUGAUAUUGUACCCACAACAAUGAAACUUUUAGAUGGGUAUGUAAUUACUAAUAGAAACUAGCAUGCAAGCAUACUAACCUAGAAAUAAUACAAAAACACAAUAGAU